AUGCUGAACGCAACGAAAGCCUCAUUUUUGCUCUUCCUCGGGGCCCAUGCUGCCACAGCCUCCACAGCCGGCUACAGACUUUCAAACAAUGGAACCCGGGAUUGGGAUGCCGCCGCCCAGCUGGCCCAGAACCUCAUCUUGCAGCUGACUCUGGACGAGAAGGUUGAGAUGAUCACGGGCAACGGCUCUGCCGGUAAUUGUAUCGGCAACAUCGCGGCUAUUCCUCGUCUCAACUUCACAGGCUUAUGCAUGCUCGAUGGGCCUACUGCCGUGAAUCGUGCUGACUUGGUCAGCGUGUUCCCGUCAGGGAUUACUGCUGCUGCCACGUGGGAUCGGGAGUUGAUAUAUCUUCGCGGGCCAUCAACUGGGCCGAUGGGACGCCAUGCUCUUGGUGGUCGAAACUGGGAAGGAUUCGGCCCUGAUCCAUACCUUGCUGGCAUUUCGAUCGCAGAGAGCAUCUAUGGUCUGCAGGACGCCGGCGUGCAGAGCUGCGCCAAGCACUACAUUGCCAACGAGCAAGAGACGCAGCGUUCGUCUACUACAGACGCCGAUGGAACUCGUAUAGAAGGAAUCUCCUCCAAUGUCGACGACAGGACCGUCCACGAGCUCUACCUCUGGCCAUUUGCCAACGCGAUCCAGGCAGGUACCGCAUCUAUAAUGUGCUCGUACAACCGCGUCAACCAGGAAUACUCGUGCGAGAACAGUUAUCUUCUUCAGACCCUGCUUCGCGAAGAGCUCGGUUUUAAAGGAUAUGUUGUCUCGGACUGGUUUGCCACCCACUCGACUGCCAAGUCCAUCAACGCCGGCCUGGACCUCGAAAUGCCUGGUUAUAUCCCGACAGGAUACCCCGGAGCCGAGUCCUGGUUUGGCGACAAUGUGUUGAAUGCUAUCCGCAACGGCUCUGUUAUCGAGUCCAGGGUUGACGAGAUGAUCGGGAACAUUCUCACCCCAUACUACUUCCUUGGGCAGGAUGCCAAAGACUACCCGGCUCCGGAGGACGCUUUAAGGUAUGUGCUGCUCGUUCAGGAGUCGAGUAUUGAGUUUGGUCGGCAAGCUGGUCUUAUCCCAGACGACUUCGUCUUUCCUCGCGGCCGCGACGUCCGCGGAGACCACGCCAAGAUCAUUCGCGAGAUGGGCACCGCUGGCACAGUCCUCUUGAAGAACGUAAACGACACGCUGCCCCUCAAAGCCCCUAAGGUGAUCGGCGUCUUCGGCAACGAUGCUGGCGACUUUACUAAUGGGUUCUUCCGGCCAUCUGAGGUACCGGAGAGCGACAACACUGGCACCAUGAUCAUCGGAGGCGGCUCAGGAACCGGUCGACCCUCGUAUGUAGUCUCCCCACUCGACGCUAUCAAGGCCAAAGCCAAAGAGACAGACGCUCAGGUUUUCUACGUCACCAACAACGACGUCCUAGCCAGUAACGACUUCAGAGGCGUCUACCCGCCGCCGGAAGUCUGCCUCGUUUUCCAGCAGACUUUCGCCAGCGAGAGCUUUGACCGCACAUCGUUCGAGCUCGACGGCAACUCGACGGCUGUCAUCAAGAAUGUCGCUGACUUCUGCGGCAACACCAUCGUCGUGACCCACUCCGGCGGUGUCAACACCAUGCCUUGGGCCAACAACACCAAGAUCGGCGCCAUCCUCGCGGCCCACUACCCAGGGCAGGAAAGUGGUAACUCUAUCGUCGACCUGCUGUGGGGUGACGUAAGCCCUUCAGGCCGCCUGCCCUACACCGUGCCGCGCGCCGCCGAAGACGCUGGGCCGGCCGUCGUCAACCUCACACAGCCGGUCGAAGACCCACUGGCGUGGCAGUCGAACUUUACUGAGGGGCAGCUGAUCGACUACCGCCAUUACGACGCUCAGGGCAUCGAGCCUCUGUACGAGUUCGGCUUCGGCCUCACGUACACCACCUUUGCUAUCGAUGGAAGCAAGACCUCCGUCGAUCUCGUCGCGGAUUCGGUUGCUGAAAAACUCGACGUUACUGUCCCUGUCCAGCCCGGGGGCCACCCUCAGCUCUGGGAGGACGUCGUUGUUGUCAAGACUAGCGUCACCAACGCGGGGAACCGCACCGCACACGCGGUGCCCCAGCUUUACCUCUCGUUCCCUGGAAGCGCGCCAGAGGGUACGCCGGUCAAGGUUCUAAGAGGGUUCGAGAAGGUGCUCAUCGAGGCGGGGGCGUCUGCCGAUGUCGAGUUUCACCUUCAGCGGAGGGACGUCAGCUAUUGGGACACUGCUGACAAGGCCUGGGUCAUCCCGUCCGGGGACUUUGUCUUUCUGGUCGGCUUUAGCUCUAGGGACUUGCCGGUCGAGAAGAGUUUUGCCGUGCUUGCUGCUCAAGGGGACUCAGAUGAGCUGGACAACCGGUUUGUGAUCAAUUAG